AUGACUAAACCAUCGAGCAAUCAAAAGGCAUUCGACAUCGCCGUAAUUGGAGGCGGUAUCGCAGGCCUCACCCUUGCCAUCGCUCUCCACCGCCGCAACAUCCCCGUCACCCUCUAUGAGCGAGCUGACAACUUCCACGAGAUUGGUGCUGGAGUCUCAUUUACUCCCAAUGCAGUACAGGCUAUGAAGGUCUGCCAUCCUGGUGUCAGCGAAGCUUUCCACAAAGUCUGCACCUGGAACGCCUGGGAAUCUAAAAAGAAGACGUGGUUCGACUUUCUCGACGGCACUACCGAGGAUGGUAAAACUGCCUUUAGUAUCAAGACUUCAUUGGGUCAGAAUGGUGUUCACAGAGCUCAUUUCCUCGACGAACUGAUCCAUCUUCUACCGUCAGAAAGGGUAAAAUUUGGAAAGCAAAUUGAGCAGGCCGAAGAAGACUCUGAUGGCAAGAUUCGCAUGACCUUUUCCGAUGGGUCAACAGCACACGCUGAUGCACUGAUUGGAUGUGAUGGUAUUGGAUCUCGCGUCCGUAAGAUGAUUGUGGGAGAGAAACAUCCAUCUGCUCGGCCCCAAUAUUCUCACAAGUACGCUUAUCGAGGUCUCAUACCUAUGGACAAGGCUAUUGAAGCUGUCGGUGAGGAGAGAGCCCGAAAUGCGUGCAUGCAUAUGGGACCUGAUGGUCAUAUACUGACAUUCCAAGUCAACCAUGGCGAGAAGUUGAACAUUGUCGCCUUCCGAACAGAUCCGAACGAGUGGGACAACCCUAGCAAGAUGACCAAGACUGUUCAUCGCCAAGAUGCUCUUGAUGACUUCAAGGGCUAUAAUAGCCUGGUGCGAAAUCUCCUAGCACUUACAGAGGAGACACUAAGCAUUUGGGCCAUCUUCGACACUGGUGAUAAUCCCGUCCCUACAUUCUACAAAGGCAGGAUGGCCAUCCUCGGUGACGCUGCCCACGCCUCAAGUCCCCAUCACGGCGCUGGAGCAGGGUUCUGCAUAGAAGACAGCGCAGUCAUGGCAGAGCUGUUGGCCGAUGAAAAAGUGCAGAACCGCACAGACCUAGAGGCAGUGUUUGCAGCCUUUGACGCAUCAAGAAGGGAGAGGACGCAAUGGCUAGUGCAGAGUAGCCGAUUUGUUGGAGAUGCUUACGAGUGGCGAGCCAAGGGCGUCGGCAAGGAUAUUCCUGGGAUCGAGAGGGAGAUCAACGAGAGAAUCGCGGUCAUUUCAGAUGUUGAGAUUGCAAAGUCUUGUGAGAUGGCAAGGGAGAAGUUGAGCCUGUGA